AUGGUCUUCCUAGUCCCCAUUGCUGUUUCCCUCCUGGCCAUCGCUUUCCUGCGCGUUUUAAUGAAGCUUUGGCUGAACAGAUAUGUCCUACCUCUGCCGCCAGGGCCCAAAGGACUCCCGAUCCUGGGAAAUGUCAGCGACAUGCCCAAGCCGGGUGUACUCGAAUGCCACCACUGGUUUGAGCACAAGAAAAAGUACGGGCCUAUCUCUUCUGUGACUGCCAUGGGCCAAACCAUAGUCAUAAUCAACGACGCUACUAUCGCUCUGGAUCUCUUGCGUGGCCGCUCUGCCAUCUACUCUUCACGACCUAGNCUCCCACAUACAAACACCUCAUCCGACACCUACUCUGGCUACCAUAUCCCACAGGGCUCCAUUCUCCUCGCUAAUAUCUAG